AUGAGGGAAUUCACGAACAACAUGGAAGGCAGCCUGUCAGCGCGACACCAGGAGUCCGUACUCAAGUGGAACGUCCGGGUGCUGACGUCAGGCGGGUUGUGGCCAGCGGGUCCUCCACGGCUGUUCGCAGUAUUCACCACCUUCGUCUUCGUUGUCAAGUGGACGCACAUUCUGAUGGCAGUGCGAACACUCUACUUGUCGUGGGGCGACCUCAACGAGAUCACGCUGACACUCUUGUCCAUGAUCACCAUGCUGGGCGGUGCUAUCAAGAUGACCCUCUUCUUGAAGAACAGGAGCGUCUACUACCAGCUGGUGCAGAGACUCGACGAUAUGGUCCGUUACCACGAGCAGUACUAUGUGGGGAACGAAACGAUGGUGUCUACUUUUCAGAUGGCGAGAAAGAAGGCCUUGCGUCUCACGUUCAUAACCCUUGGAUACUUGAACGUGCUUGGUCCUCUGUGGUUUGUUAUGCCUCUCCUCGAAGACACGUCGGAGAAGCACCUGCCGUUCAUACCCAUGCACGGACUCAACUUCACCUCGAUACCACUGUACGAGCUAUCGUACGUGACUCAGUGCACCGCCACCUUCUUCUGGCACCUUGUCAGCGUCGGUCUCGACAUGUUCUACGCCAGCCUCAUGAUACACGUCACAGCCCAGCUCACCAUUCUGAACGUGCGCUUCACCAACCUCCAUCUGAAAACGGAUCACUUAAGCUGCCGAUCUAAUCUAAGGCCUAUUACAGCACCAUUCGACAACAGUGUGCUGACGGAAGCCCACAGUAGAAUAUUCACAACUUACCUUGAGGAUGUUAUGAAUUCAACAGUGCUGGUUCAGUUUCUUUCCAGCGUCCUCGUAGCUUGUGUAACGCUGUUUCAAGCUACUAUUGGUCUGGAGGUCUGCACGUCGGCCUUCCUGAGCGCCUGGGUGGAGGGCAGCCGACACCUGCGACGCGGCUUACUGGUGGUGAUGGCUCGAGCCAGGAGGCCCCUCGAGCUCACCGCCGGCCGCAUGCACCCCAUCAACCGCGCCACCUUCGUUUCGCUCAUCAAUGCUUCCUACACAUAUUAUGCCGUGCUUCGCCGAGUUAACGACCGCUGA